AUGGUUUAUGGUUUGUUAUUAUCAGGAUCGAUCGGAAUGUUGACGACGAGCGAGACGCAGCCGUCGACGCUGGUGGCAACAAUGACCGAUCCGAACUACAAAAAUUGGCACAUCCCAAGGCCUUCUUUGGUUAUCGGUCGCGUUGGUGAUAAAGAAAGUGGCGACGAGUACUCUGUCCAUAAUUGGGUCCAGCAUCAUCAUUACAACAAUCUUAAUUCCAAUUCUGAUAGCAAUGCACCUUCAGCAGCAAAUUUAGCAGCCAUACAACCGCCAACACUUGUACCGCAAAAACAAAAAUCAGCAGACGCAGUAUCAGUAGCAAGUAGCACACAUUUUACAGUCGUCAAUGGAUUAGGCAGAUCUGUAGUUAUGUACAAAAAAUCCUGGUGUGCAAGACAUCAACUGACGGUUCUUGUUUGUACGAUGAGUUUUCUUUUUAUGGUUGGUCUAUUAGCCGGAGUACUUUACAUGGAGAUGCGAGUUCGCGAUAAGUACGACUAA